AUGCCGCGGUAUUACUGUGUCGCCGAAGGCUGUUCUUCCGAUUCAAGGAAAAAGGGGAUGUAUGGGUUUAUGGCAGACGUAGAAUUCUUCCCUUUUCCCUCGUCAAAGCAUCCCAAAGUACGCAGGAAGUGGCUUGAGUUGCUAAGACGCCGUGACUUCGAGCCUUCUCGAUAUGACAGGAUAUGCUCCAUGCACUUUGUUGACGGUCAACCAACACAGGACCACCCAUACCCCGAGCUUUUCCGAUACAAUAACUUUAAGUGCUCGUUGGGAAAUCGAGGUACAUCUUCCAUUGAAAAGAGGUCCCUUCAACAAGCCGCAAAUAAUAACAAAGUUACGUCUGAUCAGGAGAAUGAGCAUCGACCUACUCAGGCUACUGCAACGGAUAUUCAUUUAGUGGAUGAAGAUGAUCCAUAUAGAGAACAGCUCUUUCCAUACCCUGUCAAUAAGGAAAUCACCGUGCAAUCCAUACCAGCAGUAGAAUCAACAGCAACUCCCAGUGAUCAUGAUUAUUGUUCAUAUGGGAAUGAAAAGGCCCAUCCCCAGACUUGUAAUGCAGAAUGCCAGACGAACUUGACACUACAGGACAUGGAAAAGUCUGAAGCUGAACUGCUGCAACUGAGGGAGACCUUUAGUGACAAGGAUGAUCUGAAGCGAUACUUGCUUGUGGACAAGAUGACAGACAGUGAUAGUUCUGUCAAGAGAUACUUCGGAUUGCCAUCGCCAUCCAUGACAAUCUUACACCAACGCUGGCAUACUGGAAAGGUGGGUCAGGAGUAUACAAUGCAACACCAGAGAAUCCCUCCAAGAAGACUGGACCAAACAGGAAGCUGA